AUGACCGAUCAAUUCGCAUACAAAUAUCCCUCUCCCCUAGAGGGCUACGAGAACCUCGAGCCUCUCCCCGAUGAGAGAAACGAGGACGGAAAGUCGCUGAAGAACCCGCAACAUGGGAUCCUGAGCAAGGUUUACGAAGAGUUCCCUGAUCCCCUCACCAAAGGUAGACGGGGAGGAUUCGAUAUCCAUAUUUACCACUUCCAGGUUCAUCCCGCUCAGCUUCAUAACAAUCCAGACCAAGUAGCCUACGCCAGGGCGCUAUGGGAACGUAUUAGACGGGAGUUCCCCGAACUCCGCAUUUACACCUUCUGGGACAAACCCGUUGGUCCGCACCCAGUGGCCAUGUUCGAAGUGAACCUCUUCACGCCGGCGCAGUUUGGGGCUUUCGUGCCCUGGCUUGUUAUACAGCGGGGGCCGCUGAGUGUACUCAUUCAUCCCAACACGGAGGAGCAUGAAGAUGAGCGCAACCAUACGCAGCGCGCGGUGUGGAUGGGGGAUAGGAUCCCCUUGGAUUUGAGGCCGUUUAAGCUUAUGAUGGACCGGAGGGAGUCGAAGAAAGGGAAAGAGAAGGAGGGGAAAGUGGUGUGUAUGUGA